CGUGGUUGUUUUCUUUCUCCUCAAACAACAUCUACACGAAUACCCACAUCUUGAUAUUCCUAUCAACCACAACGCAACAAUGGCUGCUCCCGCCGAAAAGACCACCUCUGACCUCAGUGGUAAAUGGGUUCUCAACAAGACUCUUUCCGAUAGCUCUGAGCCUAUCCUCAGCUUACAGGGCAUCGGAUACCUCACUCGUAAGGCAAUUGGCUUGGCUACCAUCACCGUCGACAUCAACCAGUACAACGCCCCUCCCAAGCCCCCCAACACAUCCACCGACGUUUUCACCCACAUCGACAUCACCCAGUCUGCCUCUGGCCUGACGAGCACUCACGAGAACCGCUGCCUCGAUUUCAACAACCGCGAGCACACGGACUGGCUCUUCGGCACCGUCAGGGGUCGAUCCAGGUUCGUCACUCUUGAUGAGAUUGAGGAGGACUUCCUCAAGACUGGCUGGCUUGUCGAGGGCGAUGGCAAGUUCAUCCAGAGCAUCGCUGAAAGCGUCGACAACGGCUGGGUCGCUAAUCAGAUCUGGGGCUUCGAGGAGAUCAACGGCGAAAGGAGAUAUGUGAGGCACAUCUUGGUGACCAAGGGUGACAAGAAGGUCACCGCCAAGCUCAUCUACGACUACCAGGCUUAGAGAUGGGAUUGCCCCAGAACAUUACUUGACCUAGUAUAGACGACUGACGGUAACAAUGCUUGAUUAUCGCCCAGUGACUCAUGCAACAGUUGCUCAUGAGACAAAUAUAAUUUGACAGACCGAAAUGAAGUCAUCCUAAACUGAAUUUCUAUGCACCAAUUGCACCACACAACAUUUGUGUUCACCAAUGUGUAUUAUUCCACAUAU